AUGCGCGACAUAGGACUCGUGUAUCACACCCGUGUCCAAUGCACAUCCUCGUUCAAUAAAGGCUGUGAACUGUGCACCAUCAUUCAUGGUCUCGCCGACAAGGAAUUUGGGAGCAGAUGGACAAGUCACAAGCGAAUUACCUUCAAGAACAUCAGUCCUGUCAAAAGUGUCAUACAUGUCCUUCGCGGUACUCUGAAGGGUGAGGAAGGUUAUAUAAAUCUCUACCCUUUUGUAAAGCCAGAUGAUCCUCUCAGCGCAUUCAUAUCCCGAAGGCCACUACACAAGGACGUAAAAAGCCCGGAAGUCAUAAACGCAGCAAAGAAGCUCCUCCACAAUUGUCUAACACCAGACGACCCCAGCAAAGGCCACGAAGAAUGUCGCUACUCCCGCGACUCAGUGCUCCCAACACGCGUUCUCCGCGUCAGUCCCAACGGUACCAUCAAACUACACAUCAACGAAAAAGAUCUCUGCGGCUCAUACAUAGCACUGAGCUACUGCUGGGGUCCCAAUCCACAACAUGGGGGCCUGACAGAACUGAAGCAAACGAACCAGAGUAAACUGAUGGAAGAGAUCAAGAUGGAACAUUUGGAACAGACGAUUCAGGAUGCCGUGGUUGUUACAAGACAGCUUGGUUUUGAGUAUCUUUGGGUUGACAGGUUUUGUAUCUGUCAGGAUGAUAGAGAGGAUAAGCAUCGUGAGUUUGCGAAGAUGGCGACGACGUAUAAGAAUGCUGUUCUCACGCUUGCGGCUGGUACCGCUGAGGCUGCGUCUCAAGGCUUCCUGAAUGCUGGACCAGUGGGACAAAGGCCGUUCUUACCGGAGCACAGAUUUGAGAUUCCUACUGAGGAUGGGCAGAUGGGUUCUGUUUAUCUGUCGGACAGGCCCUACCAACCCAAACAUCCUCUUGAUACACGAGGUUGGACACUGCAGGAGUUUAUGCUCUCUUCGAGAAUGCUCAUAUUCUCGGAUUAUCAACUCCUCUGGCAAUGCAAACAAGUCGAUCUUCAAAGCGUUACCGGCGAUGAAGCGGGAUUGGAGUAUCAACAGCAUUUGGAGUCUUUACCUUGGGCUGCCUUUGAGGAUGAAGGUGGUCCAUCGUUCGGAGCACAUGAUUCCGACAAGCUAUACCUCUGGAAGACCAUCUUGCGACAGUACACCGAACGGAACCUGUCAAAUAAUAGUGACAGACUCCCAGCUAUUACGGGUAUCAUAGCUGAGCUACGAAGCGUGUGGAGAGAUACAGCCAUAUACGGCCACUGGAAAGAUUGGUUCAUCCAGCUGUUAGUAUGGUACAAAGAAGAAGACGAUAGGGUGGAAGAGCGCUAUCUGAAACGAGCGCCCAGCUGGUCCUGGGCAUCCGUCGACGGAGCCAUUCGCUUCGAAGAUCCAAUUGAGAGGCAAGACGCAAAGAUGGAUAUCGUUACAGCAGCUCAAGUCACGAUGUCCUGUCGAGUUGUGCCUAAAGAUAAGUUGGAUGAUUCGACACGGUGUCAGUAUUUCGACCAGACUCGAAAAUCUAUGGCGGCAGAAGUCAAGGGCAAGACGCUUCAGUAUCUCUUUUUAGGAACGAUACAGGAAUCAGAUGAAUUUGAGAAUGCCUUGGCACUUAUUGCGGUCGAAAUUACCACGGGGCUGUUUCGACGCGUUGGUUUGGCUGUAUUUGAAGACUCAUUGGCCUGGGAGGGAAUGAAACAUCGCAGAAUUGAGUUGGAGCCAAAACAUAAAUAA